CAGCAAAUACAUAAACCCUAAAACCCAAAUACUUUUGUGGAGAGGAAGAAGAAGAAAUUCAAUUGCUGACGUCUCUCUCACUAACUAAAGGCUGAAACCCUAAUAAUGGCCGGAGCUUAUGGAAGAAAAAGAGGGAGAGAGAGACCGAAAUCAGAAGAGAAGAAUGUAAAAAGCAAGCAAUUCAAGAAAAAGAACGGCAGAAUGGAGCAUAAGUUGGCUUGUAGCCCUGCACCUAGUUCUUCUCCAGAGAUAUCAUCUGAAGAGGAGGAACCUAGAAGAAGCGUAGCUUCUGAGGAACUGGUGGUUCAUAGAGAGCCUUCUAUAUAUAACAACUUGUUAAACACUUUGGGUAAAGGAAGUGGUUCUUUUGCGAACUUCUAUAAGAACAGACAAAGAGACGAAGCAGGUAUAAGUCACUCGGAUGAAGAUGAAGAUGAAGAUGACGAUGAUGAAAAUGGCACAGCUGAAGUGAAGGAGGAAUCCGAGGAAGGAUCUGAUGGUGAGUCUGAUCAGAGUGAUUCCAUGGAAGCUGAUGUACAAGAACCUACACAGUCUAAUAGUAUGAAGGAGAAUGAAGAAGAAGAUGAAAGUGAAAACAACGGUGAAGCAUCUGCUACUGACCAAGAGGAUGAUGAUGACUUAGAGGUUAAUGGCGAAACUGAUAUCGAUUCAUCAGUUGUCUCAAGCUCCUUCAAUCUCCACUUGGGGCAUACCCUAUCAACAGACGAGGUUGCUGGUUUAACCAAAAAGCAGUCGAAAUACAAAUGGAAGGUGCCUGCUGUUGGCAGUUCAACAGCCAAAUGGAUAGGGACAGGAGAGUGUUUGCAAGAGGAGGUUGACGAUAGUUCUUGUUAUGGUCUAAAGCCAAAAUUGUUUAAGCAUUGGUUAGAUUUGUAUAAGACAUCUGGAGGCAAUGACUUUCAUUCAUCCAGGCAGAGACUGUUUUUCACUCUUUGUACAAAUUAUCGUGACAUAUUCCACUGUAACAAGAAACCCUUCUACCUUAAAGGAGGCCAGGAAGAAGAUUCAAGUAUCAUGGAUUCAUAUAUUAUACAUGCUCUAAAUCACGUGUUCAAAACUAGAGAUUUUGUGACUAAGAAUGAAGCGAAAUUGGCCAAGCAUCCAGAGAAUGUUAGAGAAGAAGUUGUUAACAGCGAGAAAUACCUUGAUCAUGGGUUUACUCGUCCUAAGGUGCUGAUUGUAUUGCCAUAUGCAAGUAUUGCACUUCGUGUCGUUAAGAGGCUCAUAACACUGACACCUUCGUCACACAAAGUUAAUGUAGAGUACACUGAUCGGUUCCUGAAGGAAUUUGAUACCGCGGAGAAUGAUGUAUCAGAAGAGGUACAUGACGGGGAGCGUUUAAAAAUUAGGAAGUCUUCAAAACCUUCGGACUACGAAGCUCUUUUUGGUGGGAUUAACAAUGAUCUCUUUAUGCUAGGCAUCAAAUUUACAAGGAGAAGCAUCAAGCUAUACAGUGACUUCUAUUCCUCGGAUAUAAUUGUUGCUUCUCCACUUGGACUAGUAAAUAAAAUUGAGGCCGCACAAAUUAACAAAGAGAAAGAUGUUGAUUAUCUCUCUUCAAUUGAGGUUUUGAUUGUUGAUUAUGCAGAUGUAAUAUAUAUGCAGAACUGGGCACAUCUGAACACUGUAGUUGAAAAGCUGAACCAAAUACCAGCCAAGCAGCAUGGAACUGAUGUGAUGCGCAUUAGAAAAUGGUAUCUGGAUGGAUACGCAAAGUUUUAUCGCCAAACAAUUCUGUUAGGUUCUUUUCCAAAUCCAGAAAUAAACUCACUGUUCAAUCAACUUUGUGUGAAUUAUCAAGGGAAGGUGAAGUCAGUAACUGAAUAUAAAGGUGUUCUUCCAAAAGUGUUGCUUCAAGUGCGACAGAUGUAUGAGCGCUUUGAUGUCACUUCUAUUGCUGAGGCUGCUGAUGCUCGCUUUGAUUACUUCACUAAGAAGGUGUUUCCCAAGAUAAAGGAUUCUCUUCAGGGUGGGACAAUGCUAUUUAUCAGUUCUUACUUUGAGUAUGUACGAGUGAGGAAUUUUAUGCAGUCCCAGAAUGCUUCCUUCUGCAUGAUCUCUGAGUACACAAAGCAAAGUGAUAUAUCUCGAGCCAGGAUUUGGUUUUUUGAAGGAAAGCAGAAAAUCAUGCUUUACACAGAAAGAGCUCAUUUUUAUCACAGAUAUAAGAUUCGUGGCAUAAGGAAUUUGAUCAUCUAUUCGCUUCCAGAAAGGAAAGAAUUUUACCCUGAGCUUGUUAAUAUGAUUGAAGAGUCGGACAACAGGAAUUGCACUGUUCUUUUUUCUCGCUUAGAUCAGCUUCGGCUCGAGAGAAUCAUUGGAUCUACCUCUACGAAAAGAUUAACGUCCUCAGAGAAGAAUCUUUUUGUUUUUUGUUAAAUAGGGCAACUGGAUUACGUAUUGUAAGCAUCUUCACAUUUUUUUUCCUUCUUCGCAAAUAGCUAAUUGAUUUUACAUUCAACCCUUUUACAGGGAGCAUGAUCAAAGUAUCCCCCAAUCAUGAUAACUGAAUUUUUACAGGUUCUGGUUCUACUAGAACUGAGACCAUUAAGAAUUUUUCGGCUCCUUAAUCAUAUACUAGGUAUCGCCGAGGCCUACGGUUCCGGUUCAACCUCUUUGAUUCGUUGUGGUGGUACUCGACCUCUUUGAUUCAUUGUUGUGGUACUCGACCUCUUUGAUUCGUUGUGGUAGUACGAUUUGUAUUUUCUUGUUAUAAAAAAUGGGACCUAAAUUGAGAAAAAGAAGUUAUUCGGUAAACUUGGAGUUGAAAUUAAAAGACUUUUGCUUA